AUCAAAGUUGGCUAAAAUAUGGGCCGACAUGGCUCCACUUGACCUCCUCAAUCACUCCUCUCAAUGAUCAAAUCCAUCUUGUAACCUAAUGAUGCAUCUCGACACAAUGGUGGCAUAUAUUGGCUUAGAACGUACAUUUAGUGAACAGAUAUCUCCAGAGUAAAGAGUAAUAAGCUCUCAAAGCAUGAGAUGAUCUUUGUGAUUUGAGGUAUUACAACAAAGACGCAGUCAACCCUGAGACCUCCCUCUCGUGUGUUUGGAUGCCAGCUUUUGUAGGAGAUCCUCAAGAGAUCCAGCCAAAAGGCAACCACCCCAUUCUCCUCUUCCUCCAUUCUCUUUCCUACCACCUCCCUUGAGACAGCGGCCAUUUCUGAGUUGGCCUCGUUUGAGGCCCUUCUUGCCCUUCUUGCCGUUCUGCUCUCCCCUCUCUCCUGUCUUCUCUUCGACUCCAUCUUGAGGCAUUCUUGAUCGGAUUGGAUUCACGUCGGAGAAGGCAGAAUCACUUCCCCGAUCAUCGACGCUAAGGAUUCAGUUGUGGUAUUAGCUUGCAUGCCUGACUGACAUCGACAUUAGUAUUAACAUCCCGAAAAAGAGACAAUGAACGACCUCCUCUCCACCACCUCCUUCAAGCAGUACACCAACCUGAAGCACCAGGUGCAGAUGGACCAGAUGGAGGCGGGCAUGAGCGGGCCGGGCGCCGACGUCGGUGCCAACCUCGAGAGGUUCUUUGAGGAGGUGGAGAACGUGAAGAACGACCUCCGCGGCCUCGAGAGCCUCUACCGCCGGCUGCAGGAAGCCAACGAGGAGAGCAAGACGGCCCACAGCGCGAAGACGAUGAAGGCGGUCCGCGCGCGCAUGGACGCCGACAUUGGUCAGGUGCUACGGCAAGCUAAGGCGGUGAAGGCCAAGCUCGAGGCGCUGGACCAAGCCAACGCGCAGCACCGGAACAUCCCCGGAUGCGGCCCUGGGAGCUCGGCGGACCGGACUCGGACGUCGGUGGUUAGCGGGCUGGGCAAGAAGCUCAAGGACCUGAUGGACGACUUCCAGGGGCUGAGGACGAGGAUCGCGGCGGAGUACAAGGAGACGGUCGGGCGGCGGUACUACACGGUGACGGGGACGCACGCGGACGACGACACGAUCGAGACGCUCAUCUCGUCGGGGGCAAGCGAGAAGUUCAUGCAGAAGGCGAUCCAGGAGCAGGGGCGGGGACAGGUGAUGGACACGAUAUCGGAGAUCCAGGAGCGGCACGACGCGGUGAAGGAGAUCGAGAGGAGCCUACUGGACCUGCACCAGGUGUUCCUGGACAUGGCCGCGCUGGUGGAGGCUCAGGGCCACCAGCUCAACGACAUCGAGAGCCACGUCGCGCACGCCAGCUCGUUCGUUCGCCGGGGCACGGUGGAGCUGGAGACGGCGAGGGAGUACCAGAAAAGCUCCCGCAAGUGGUUCUGCAUCGGCAUCAUUGCCGCUGCUCUCCUUAUCACCUUCCUGCUGCUUCCCGUUCUGACCACCAUGAUUAGAUAGGAGAGAGAGAGUGAGGAGCGGGAGUCAUACUUUCUCUAUCUGUAAAGACAAUAACCUACACAGAUUUCUUUUAUCGUUGUU